GAGUAUCGUGUGCCGCGCGGCAUUUCAGUUGUCCCUACACACCGCGGCACGGAAAAUGUUCGCGGAAAGCGCACCGUAAUCGUUCGUAAUCGCGACGCAUAUCCUAAUCGCUGUCUGUACGUUGCAUUUAGUUUUUGACCCGGAACCGGAAUUUACGAGCUACACUCAUCGCACCCUUAUGGUGUGACGAAGACGACGAUAUGACCCGUACAGGACCGUUUGCCGGGCUGGCGGUAGGACACGAGACCAUCACUAGGACGACGACGAUUUCGGACGGGAGGUAAAAAAAAAAAAACACAAAAAUCCAAAAAACAAAAAAUCGAAACCAAACGGACGCCGGACGCGGUACCGACUCGCUCGGGGCGAACAGAGUGAUUGGCCGGCCGGCACCGUUAUGUUCAACCCGCCCAAGCUUCACAAGCACGACUGGUUCAUGACCAUGGUUACCACGCUGCUCGAGACGUCGGUAAACAGUGACGACACCGGCGGCUUUAAGAACGGCCGUUGGCCGGGCACGUACGGCCCGAACGGCACCUUCGACGGGGGCGGCGACGUGGACGGCGGCGUCGGCGCGGACGGCGGCCCGGGCGGCGGCGGUUACGACGGCGGGUUCCGGUUCAACAGCAGCGUCAAACUGGCGCUGGACGUGAUAUUCGACAACCAGCUGAACGUGGACAAGGUGCUGGUCAUGUACCUGGAGGUGGCCAUCGUGGUCGCGUACGGCGUGCUGUUCGUCAUCGGGCUCGUGUCCAACGGGCUGGUGUGCUUCGUCGUGUUCCGCCAGUGCGGCAAGAAGAACGUGCCCAGCCAGGGCCCGUCGCCCCGCAACCUGUACAUCGUCAACUUGGCGUUCGCCGACAUCAUCAUGUGCGUGGUGUGCAUGCCGUUCACGCUUUGGGCGCUCAUGUCCCGCCGCUGGACCUGGGGCCUGAUCAUGUGCAAGACCGUGCCGGCCGCUCAGGGCGCCAACAUAACCGUGUCCGCGUGCACCAUAACCGCCAUCGCUCUGGACAGGUAUUUUACGAUCGUCCGGAAUCCCCGAGGCUCGGUGUUUCGGUGUAGCGUAGCAAAGACAUUGGUACUCAUUUGGCUAGUGUCGUUCGCUGCCAUGGUGCCUCUGCUGUUGUACCAGAACGUCGAAGAGGUGCACGUCGGACCCGUUCGUCUGUACGAGGCGUGCGUCGAGAAAUGGCCGUCCCGCGUGGCCCAACAGACGUUCACCGUCGGCCUGGCGGUCGCACAGUUCGUGUUACCGUUCACCACCAUAUCACUGAUCCAUCUGAAGAUAUCGUCCUAUCUCACAGUGCAUCUCAAACACCCGACUAUCCCGUCCAAGGAGAUCAAUUGCAGACGAGUGCGGAGAGAGCUGAGCCGGAACAAGCGGACCAUGUGGAUACUGUCAUCGAUCGCCGUGGUAUUUGCGCUCAGCUGGCUACCGCUGACGCUGUUCACGUUGCUCGUCGAGUUCCAGCCGCACUUGAUCGACUCGUCGGACGCCCUGUACAAGGCUUUCGCGAUCGUGCACAUGAUGGCCAUGUCGACCACAUGUACCAACCCGCUACUGUACGGUUGGCUCAACACUAACUUCCGGCGGGACAUAUCCGGUAUAUGCCGGCAGAUGUGGUACUGCUGCGGUGACCAGAAACCGCCGCCCAGACGGAGACGGUACCCGUCCGUGGCCACCGAUUACCGCGGCCCGAACGACCGGCGCAUGGGCACGGGGUCCGAGGCGGCCGGCGGAUGUGGUGGCGGCGGCGGUGGAGGCGGUGGAGGCGGUGGCGGCGGUAGCCGGCGGCACCAGAUGCACCACGAUCCCGAGACCACCGGCAUGUCGAUGGUGGUCAAGAGCGACCGUCGGUUUAGCACCAGCUAUCUGACCACACUGACCACGGUAACGUCCAGGUCACAGCCGGGUUCUAGCAUGGGACGCGUCGAGAACGUCUAGAGACAGUUUAUUAUGGUCAUAUUAUAAUCAUAGACGAUUUACUACUAUAUAAUAAUUAAUAAUACAUUAUAAUAAUAAUAAUAUUAUAUAGUCAUCUUGCGAGUUGUCCUCCAUUUCGGCGGAGCUUGUGAGUUACGAGCAAUUAUUGUUUAUUAUUAAGGGGGAAAAAAUAUUACGACGAAAUUAUUAUUUGACCAACAACAGUGAUGUUGGGCUAAUUAUACAGACUCACUGAGCUGGAAUUGCAGCUACGACGUCUGACGUGUUAUAUUCCUCGUAUCGUAUUUUGAUUGGCCGUUGUAAUCGUGGUAUCUUUAAACUAUUACCACGAUCUACCGUGAUUUGGGCCGAGCUCAACUUUUGAAAACGACACGACAGACGAUGUAGCUGUGAAUUUUGCGCGUUUUGAGCACUAAUCGCUGUGGUAUUGUACUGUAAAAUAUGUCACUGGAUAUCUGCUGGUAACCCGAAUGUCACGAAUUCGCCAAGCGCCGACGAAAUGGUGCUAACGGGUGUAUUUUAUUUUUUGCUAAAAUGAUAAUUUGUAAUUAUAUUAAUCUUAAAAUUUGUCAGGAAACGAAACUAUUGUGUACAAGUCCGGGCCCAUGACACUUUUUUUACUUUUUUAGGCUGUGUGUACAUUCCAUUUUAGUGCAAUUAUAACGGUAUUUAGGAUCGACACAAUGGUGUUCUAUAAUAUUAUAUACAGGGAAAUUCGCCAAGCAUGCUCCUUCAAUAUUGUUUUACUUUAAUUAUACAUUUAUUUAAAAUUUUGAAACCUAAAAUAUUACACUAAAAUGGCAAAUUUUUUAUUACUUGGAUUUACUUGGUUUUUUACUGUAAGUUAUUUAACAAAUGUUUUUUUUUGGCAUUUUGAAGUCCAUAAAUUGAAAUUCAAACGUGUAGUUUCCAAGUUAGGUAUUGAACAUUACGCACUAAUGAUAAUAAUCAAUAAUAAUAAGUUCAAAGAUAUGAAUACUUUAAAAUAAUAAUAUUACAAACAUUAUAUUAAUUAUUAGUAAUAAAUAUACAUUUUUAAAUGUGAACAAAUAGUCCGAGUGUGUAUAUUAUGGACGUAAUUAAAUAUUAUAUUCAUUUUAUACAUUUUUUUCUAUUUUCAAGAACUAUUACUAUUAUUCCUAGUAUAAAUGUAUUAAAAACUCAACAACUAUUCAUUCAAAUUUUAAUUUCCAUACAUCAACUACAUCAACAUUUUCAAAAAAAAAAAAAAUUUAUUUUACAAUUUACUGUAGAAAAGAAAGGUUUUCAAUUGAAAAAUAGAAAUUUGUAUUUUCACAGAACACUCCAGAUAUUAUGAGCUUAUGGUACAUAAAAUCUAAGUAAUAAAAAUAUGGCUUUAAAUUAAACUUUAAAAUUAAAAAUUUGAAUAAAUGUACAAAAAUUGGAAUGAUCAUGCUUGGUGAAUCAUUCUAUAUACAACCUGCGAGAAAACGCGAAGUAAUAUUCGAUAGUUAGGAAAACUCUCUCGAAGAAGUAGUUUUUAUUUUGUUUUUCACAGUUUUAAUUAUUCAACUUCUGUACAAUUUAUUUUACACUUCCAUACACACUUCUUGUAUAUAAUAUAUUAAACUGUAGUUGUUAAUUAUGUGUAAAAGAAAAUCAACAUAUUUUUAAUAACAUUAUAUCGUAAAAAUAAUACUAUUAAAAUGAAUAUUUUAAAACCAUUUUUCAAGGUUCAAAAAUAAAAGUAUUUUUCAUUCAGUAUACAAUUAAUAUGAGGAUUUGAGUGAGUAUACUAUACAUUAAUAAAUAUUCGUCAUGUCAUGUCUUAAUCAUUAAUAAUAUUUAAAAUUUCGCUUAAGAAUUUGAAAGGUUUCUUUUACAUAUUAUUAUAACCAGUUUAGCUAAUUAUAUUAUUUCCUGAAAUUAAAAAUAUUUAAAAGUGAUAUUAUUAGCUUAGAGACAAAAUAAUAUAAUAUAUUUCAUGACAUAAAUAGUUACGAAUUAUAUUUUAUUUCUAGUGAAAUAAAGUUGCUUUAAUAUUUGGUUUUAAAGUAGUUGUUUUUUUUUUUUUAGAAUAUAUUAUUUUGUAGUCAAAAGAGUAUCUUUUUACCAGCCAAUCAUUGUUUUUUUUAAAGAAAUAGCAUUUAAAUGCAAAGUGUUUAUUUAUGAAGACACAUCAACAACAUUAUAAAAUACGUCGGUUUUAAAUUUUAAUUAUGUAUAAUCUAAACAAUAUCUAAAAUAACAAAUGUAACAAUUCAUUUAUAAUUAUUCUUUUGAGGAAUUAAAAAUUAAAAAUUAUAUUUCUAAAAUGUUAAAGAACACAAAAAGAGGUGUAGUAUUAAAAAAGCAUCAAAUUUAAUUCAUAAAUAAAACGUGUGCUUAGUAUUUUUUUAUUACUAACAUAAAUUAAGAACCGAGUUUAAAAAAGCUAAUUUAUAUUAAACGAAUAUGUAAUGAAAUUAUCAAUAUUGAUUGGAGGUGGUACUAAAGGUACUAAAACGGGCAUUAUCAAGAAUAUAAUUUUAAAUGCAUUUAGCAUAUUAUUAUAGAUAUUUAGUGUACUGUUAGUUAAUUGGUGUUUUUUUUUUUAAUUUACUUAUUUUUUACUUAAUAUAUCAUUAUAUAGUUUUAAAUAUUACAUUCAUUAUUUUAAAAAUAAUUAAACUAAUUACGUGAUUUAAUUUAAACCAAAUGCGUAUCCAAAAUGAAUACAUUUAAAUUAUUAUUGCAUGUAUCUUCCAAAGUCUUACUGACUAAGUCCUACGUAACUUUUGACUGAUAAUAAUAGCGAGUUGUGUGCCGCAUAUGUUAACGGUUUUGUUUUAAAAACCCUCCAGACGCAUGUCUAAACAUACAAUUUUAUAAUAUUAUUAUAAUUUAUGAUGUAUGAAACGAUACGGUUUUGUUUCGUCUAGACGGCACGCUACGUAGUAGAAUAAUUAUUAACAUAACAUUGGAACUGUAUUGUAAAUGUUUGUACAUUAAGGCACGUGUGAUUAUAAUUAAUUUUUUUUAAAGUUUUAUUAAAUAAUUGUUUAUACUAACGGUAUAAAACUGAACAAGUUUUAAUAAUAUAUUGUACAGCUCUUUUUGGACUAGAGCAAUAACAUAUAUUGGAUUUAAGGGGCAAAUGGACAAUCUUGGGACCACACUAUAAUCAUGUUUAUAUUUUAACGUAUUUUGAUUUGUAAAAAAUUAAUUUACUCGACUUAUCUUCGAUAUUGUUAGUAUCCCGAUCCCCGUAAACGUUCGCAUGCAGAAACGUAGUGUGAAAAAAUUAUUAGUUAUUUGUCGAACUGUUGACCAUUAUUGCUUCAAAUAAUGAGUAUGUCUACCCGACCAGACCGAUCAUGCAUCGAUUACAACAUUUUCUAUUCAAGUUACCCAGUCAACCGAUGAAAUCUAAGUUGCGUUGGCGUGCAUCUCCUCGCAUAAAUGUUACCCAAUACGAAUAUGAGCGCAUAAUAGACGUAAUAGACGCAACAGAGUGUAAUAUUAUAUAGAGUGGCCUUUAUUAUCAAAUCUGUACAGGCAUGUGAGAAUGUGGGUAAACUUAACUUGAAUAGAAUGUAAUAAAAUGUAAUAGUGUGCAUUUAUAUGAAUCAACGUUAACAUCAGAUAUUAUAUUGUGCUUAUAGCGAAAUAAGCGAUGGUAGACGGACAUGUGUAAUCGUUUUAAUGAUCUAAUUCACUGAUGAUUUUGAAAAGCGUAGGUAGAUGAUUUUUUUUCCGCCAAAAAUUAUGAUGUAACUGAUGUCUUAUAAACCGAUAAAACUUAACAACUUUAUAGCAACCUCGAAAUAGUACUUUUUUGAAUAGAAUCUUUAACCUAAAUACAGAUAGCGUUAUAUUUAUAUGACAUAUAAAUACGUAAUACUAUCCACAUUUUACUACUACCAAAUUUUAACUAAGAUAUAAUUAAUUUAUAAAAUAUUUAAAACAAACAAUUAAAUAUUGUUUAAAACAAUUUUGAUAAAAUUGAGUUUUGUUUUUUCUAAUUAUCACACCACAAAUACAAUUACGAUGACAGUUUUAUAAUUUUAGGUUUUUCUUAUGGUAUUUAUAACUUUUAUUUAAGUAAAUCAAUUUAAAACUUUUUUUUAUAAAAAAAAAAAUUACGAGAGUAUUAAUUAUAACUUAAGAUAUUUUGUUUAAUUUUACGACAAAUGCAUGAGUAGUAUUUAUCAUAAUAUUUACUGUUCCACUUCCAACUAUGAAUUGAAUUUACCCGAAUUUCAAAUAUUUAGUCGAAAUUCGCUACUACAUUUAUAAGUGUGGGUGUAAAUUAAAUUAUUUAAAAUAUUUAAACAUUGUAUUACCUCUGAUAGGGUAUAAAUAUGAAACAAAAGAGUUGUAGAAUAAUAACAAUUUACAAAACAACACCAACACGAUAUAGUGGGUUAAUAGAUUUAUCACCAAAA